AUGGCAACAAAGGGUGUUGCUGGACUUGCCAGUCUUAUUACCGAAUUUGAAGGCUCAGUUUAUCGUCAUGUGCCAGGCUACAUCGCAAAGUUCUGGCCAAACGUAAUCCCGAUAGAACUACAAGUGCCUACAACCUCGACGUCAAAGACAGUAUCUUCUGCUGGCACCUCGCCGGCCGAACCCCAUGUUAUUGAGGACCUGGGAGAAUGGGUUUCCUCCGUCCAGCCCCAUCAACUCCUCAGCGGCCAAGUUCAGAUCAUCACCACACCCUAUCCUAUGGCUCAAAGCAGCGAUGCGAACCAUGGGCAGCACGCAAGCAUAUUGAUUGCGUCAAAGCACGCAACAAAAAUAUCUAAGAUUUGUCCCGGAGCGGAUGUCCAAGUCCUAGGACUCAUUGAGAGCGGACCCAGUCUGGUUCCAGACGACGCGAGAGUUCUAAGGUUUUGUAAGAUGGCUCGAGAUUUUCUGAUCGUCCGAUCUGAGCGUCGCCUUUUGCAUGCAUUCCACAUGUACAACUCAACCUUGGAAAUAUGGACUUUUGAUAGAGCAGGGGCAGUCAGUAGUGAAGCUGUCAGUAGUGAAGCUGUCAGUAGUGAAGCAUUCAGUAUUACGAAGAAACCUGAUGACUUUGCGCGUAUUGUGGCUAGGAACAUGUCUUUAGAUGUCGAAGAUACGGGUCUGCAGGAGGUAUUGAAAGAGGAUGAUCAAGGUGUUUUUGUUGAAAUAGCUGAUUCACCGAGACUGUAUCUCGAAGAUGCGUUCUUCAGACCUGACUGUCUUAUAGGACCUGGUACAAUAUGCUUCAAGGCUCGUGCAGCACACACUAGAGACCAAAACUUGGUCGUCAAAUUCGUCUGGACCGAGACGGGAUCUGCGGAAAAAAAACUACUUGCACUUACAAAUACCAAGAAGCUUUCAACAUCGGCAAAGACUACAACUCUGCGAAUCUUACAAAUUCCACUGGAGAAUCAGGAGGAUGAAGCGUCCGUAACAGUACAGGCAACACCCGUCGCCUGCCCGUCAGAGAGAGACACUUCCAACUCGCAUGUUGAAUGCUCAAAAUUCGACAACCUACAAUUUGAGUGUCUCGUCACUUCACCUCUCGGACGACAGCUCGAUGACUUCUCCUCCAUGGUGGAGCUCAUUACAGUAUUCCGCGACAUCACCAAGGCGCUUCAAUCUCUGUAUCUCGAAGCCAAUAUUUUCCACCGCGACAUCAGUCGACAGAACAUCAUCAUCGUCUCUCCACUGUUUCCCGAUUCUCCUACAGGAAUACUCAUUGAUCUGGAUGGCGCGCUCGACUUUACGGAACCUUUACCAGAGAUUCAGCUGCUGAUCGGCACCUCGGGAUUCAUGGCCUGCGGCAUCCUAGGCGGCGAUGAUCAUACAUAUCGCCAUGAUCUAGAAUCUCUAUUCUACGUCUUCCUAUGGCUGGCAAUAUGCCAUGAUGGAGUCACUUCUAAGCACAUACCGGCAUCAAGUCGUCUUCACGCCUGGAUGGGCUCACCACGCACGGGCAUGAAAUGGGGCGAUGUCUUCAGAAUCAAAAGAGCCGAUAUGCAGCCGACGGAGUUCUCGAAGCUUGUGGAGAUGGAGUUUAGAGAGCCCUUCAGACCGUAUCUGCCGAUGGCGAUAAGAUGUCAUAAGUUACUGUUCCCGAUGCGGGAUGGGAAGAUCUUCAUAGGUACCGAUCCUAGUCGCGCGGCAGCAGAACGACUUUAUAAAGAGAUGAUCGCUGUACAGCUCAAGAAAUACAAACCAAUCUCAUGUCCAACCACAGCGCAAGAUGAGUAUCUCAUAUCUUCUUUGCAAGUCGUCUCACGAGUCGCUGCCCAUUCCAUUCGUUCGGUGAUGCUGACUGCUGUUGAGCAGGAAGCGUUGUCGAAGUCGACUAAGGUCAUCAUGAACCUCGGAUAG